CUCAAUCAAACUGUCUUAUCAUAGGAAACUGUGGCCAAAGUUAUGCCUCCGCAAACUGUAAAGAGUAUCAGAGCAAAACUAAACUGAAUAUUGAUCCAAAUGUCUUGUCACACUGAUUUAUGCAGGGACGCAUAUAGGCAAUAUAAGCACAUUUUACUGUUGAUCUGAGAUUAUAAGUUUUCAGACAGUGAUUACUCACAUGGUAUUGUACUUGUAGUACAGAUGAAGAAUUUUCCAUUUUUUCUCCAGAAUGAUAAGAGAGGAGACAUUUUGCAGGGAGGCAGGUUAGCAUGGUGAUAUAUAGAUGACUCUCUUGGAAGAGGGAGCCACUUUCUGCAGUGUGUCACCUUGAACUAAGCCACCAUCACUGAAUCUGCUGAGGACAACACAGAGGGAGAUAGCACAGAAACGAGUAGAGGAACAGAAGUUUGCUCAUGGUGAGAAAAACUGAGAGAGAUGACUGAAUGAAAAUGUGGUCAGGCCAAGACCAAGCAAAAAAAGAUCAUAAUGCAUGAGAGAAAAUAAAGAAAUGUAGCUCAAGCCAGAAGGCAUCGAUUUUCUUCUCGGUGUGUGGUUGAUUUUUGGUUAUUAUGAAUUGGCAACCCACAAUUUUGCUUCAAGCUACAGUGAUCUAAUGACACAAUACUCAUCCUCAGUGUCACAUUGGUAAGGAAGUUAUGAAACUUAUAAUUUCCUGUAGUAACAGUCCACAUUAAAUCCAUCUAGGAGAUUAUACAAACUUAGGCUAAGAUGUGUAUGAAAAAAAUAUGACGGCCCUAAAGAUGAGUCUGCUGUGAAGCCACAGUGGCAUGAAAAGGGGGUUUUGUACACCUGAUGCAUGUGCUGCAGCACAGUGCUGCUGUGUUACUGCGUACUGCAAUUGUUUGGCACUUGUUUGUCUUCAUAGAAAGUUAAAGAAGAUGAUGUGAUGACAUUUUGUCUUUCCUUUCCUUGUUAAGAGGCGUGUGUGUGUGUAUUUUGUGUAGACACAUACACACUGGAAUGACCUGUUCUGUUUUGACAAAUGAUUCAGUUUGCUGCCUAACUUGACUUUCCAGUUUUAGCUUUAGUUGUCAAAAGGCAAAAUAAAGAUUAAAACCGUGCAACAGGGAAGUCACUUUCUAAAUGUAGAUGUGAGGUAAGAAUAAGAGGGACAGAGGGAGAGAGACACAGGUGGACGCAGGGGGCUCAAAUACUUACUGCUGCUGUUGUUAAGUCUGCAGAGUUCUUCGAUAUGCUGGAGAGGAUGCAGGAUGACUACAUCCCCUACCCACGGAUAGAAGAUGUCCUGGAGAAAGGUGGUCCAUACCCACAGGUAAUCCUGCCACAGUUUGGGGGUUACUGGAUUGAGGAUGUGGAGGCACCAGCAGGGACCCCCUCCUCCUCAGAAUCCAGUUUCUGUGAGGAGGAGGAUGGGGAAGAGGGCAUGAGCCCUGGCGGUGGGCACAGCUACCGCCUAGAGUGCAACAGCACGGCCCGCGCCUACCGCAAACACUUCCUAGGCAAGGAACACAUGAACUAUUAUUGCACUGGCAGCAGCAUAGGCAACCUCAUCAUGUCUCUGAAACAUGAGGAGGCUGAGGGGCAGGAGUACCUACGCAUCAUGCUCAGGUCGAGGAUCAAAACAGUCCAUGACAGGAUCUCUUUAGCAGGCAUCAGCCAGUUGCCCAGCGUACCUCAGAUUGCCAAGCUUCUGUGCGAUGAUGCCACAGGACUGAAGUUCAACCCGGUCCUGUACCCUCGGGGAUCACAGUUGAUUGUGGCUUAUGAUGAACAUGAGGUGAACAACACUUUCAAAUUUGGCGUCAUCUACCAGAAGUUUGGACAGACAUCAGAGGAAGAGUUGUUUGGAAACAAUGAGGAGACACCAGCUUUCAAGGAGUUUCUCGGUAUCCUGGGAGACAACAUUGAACUCCAGGACUUUAAAGGGUUCCGCGGUGGGCUGGAUGUGUCCCACAGACAGACAGGGUCUGAAUCUGUCUACACAGUCUUCAGACAGAGAGAGAUUAUGUUCCAUGUGUCAACCAAGCUUCCCUUCACCGAGGGAGACGUCCAGCAGCUCCAGAGAAAAAGGCACAUAGGAAAUGACAUUGUGGCCACAGUCUUCCAAGAAGAGGCCACACCGUUUGUUCCAGACAUGAUUGCCUCCAACUUCCUACAUGCUUACGUACUGGUGCAGGUUGAGAACCCCUGUACAGAGCACACAACAUACAAGGUGUCUGUUACAGCCAGGGAGGAUGUGCCUCCUUUUGGGCCUCCACUCCCAAACCCAGCUGUGUUUAAAAAGGGUCCUGAGUUUCGAGAUUUCCUGCUGACAAAGUUAAUCAAUGCUGAAAACGCCUGCUACAAAUCCGACAAAUUCGCUAAGCUAGAGGGGAGAACGCGAGCUGCUCUGCUGGACAACCUCCACGAUGAGCUGCACAGACAGAGCCAGGCAGCUCUGGGUCUGGGCCAAGCUGGAGAGGAAGACAAGCUGGAGAACGGGGGACACGGGGGUCUGCUAGAGUCCUUCAAGAGAGCCAUGCGAGUGAGGAGCCACUCGAUGGAGACCAUGGUGGGGUCCCAUCGUCACAGGAGCCCAGGGGUAGGAGGUGGGCUCCCAGCAAGUGUGAGUGGAGGAGGACUACCGCAGAGCACCAGCGAAUGCACAAAGAGCACCUUCACUCCUCCUGUGUUGUCAGCCAAGUCUCCCCUGAAGAGCCCAGUGAAGCGGCGUUCAGGCCUCUUUCCUCGUCUCCACUCCAGCACAGACACCCCGACAGACAAACACACACGCAGCGACCAAAAGCCUGCAGAAAACUGUCCACUGUCACAGGAAGUGAGAUCAGAGACAUCAUCCAAUCCCAGCUCUCCUGAGAUCUGCCCUAACAAAGAGAGGCCAUUUACCAAGCUGAAAGAGUGCAGCAGCGGCCGGCCGAACAUCUCCCGUUCUUCAUCCAGCACCAGCAGCUUCAGCAGCACCACAGGAGAAACAGAAGCUCUGGAAGAACUGGAGACGACCAGCCAUGCCUCUGUAGCGUCCUCCUCUGCCUUUAGUCCCUCCCUUAGCGUCGACAGCCAGGGAUCAGGUACCCCUGUCAUAAUGUGCCGCAGUCCAACAGCAGAAGGGAGAAGUAAGACUUCACCAAGGUCAAACCUGAAGUUCCGCUUUGACAAAAUGAGCCACUCAUCCACAGCUUCCGAGUAACUUUGUGGAAUGGAAAUGACAAAGUUGCACAACGAAGGGACAGUGCGAGGUGGCGGAACUGCAAAAGAAACCACGACAACAACCACAAAAUCACUGUCCCUAAAGCCAAGGAUGAUAUGACAAGAUUACCAACUGCACCAGAAUCCCCACACACUAUAAACUAUCUGACAAUACUGUGAGUGUAUAGUGAGGAGAAGCAGCUGACAUGUUGGCUUUCUUUUGCUGCAUAAAUAAGUCUAUAAUUUGCAAGUAUCACAAGUUCUCAGUUGUUAAUUGUCCACAUUGUAUGGAAGUCCUAGCAUGGCUGUAAUACUGUGACUGCAGGCUGAGCUAGACUCUGCCUCAGCUUUUUCUCAAGCAUCUUGUUCAAUAGGGAGACACAGUUAUCUAGGAGAAUGGCAACCUGAGACGAUGGCUGAACUGUUACUCUUUGUCUAGUUGACUUCCGAGUGCUCAGUGGAAAGAACUGAAGACAUCAGGAUAUUCUCUUUUGCCUUUGCCCUUGAAUGGUACGUCUGGGAACAGUUCCUCUUUUGCCUCAACUCUCAGUCUUAAUUGUCUACUGUUAGGGUCCGAGCUUGUUCUUUUCAUUUAAAAUUGCUUUUGUGGGGAACAUCUUUGUUUUCGAAGAUGCUUUUGUACCCUCGCUAGCUGCUGCGUCGCAUCUGCUGCACUAUAGACACGGUAUUGCUGAAACUGACAGCAUUUCUUUAUCUGUAAGGUUAACUUUGAAUUCCAGAACUCAAGUGCUUGUUUAGUGGAAAUUAGCACAUAUAUUACACAUUAGGAGAGACUGCAAACUCAUUUUGCCAUAAGCUUAUUUUAGCCAAAGCUGCGCCUUACAAUCUAUCAGAAGCCCUGUUCACCACUGUUGCUCUCUGUCUGUCUGUCUGUCCGUCUCUCUCACCAUGUGAGAGGACGUGAAUCUUCUGGAUCUGGUUACAGCACAGCUGUGGGUAGCCAAGUGACACCCACAUUUGCUGAAAAUAGACGUUGCACUUACUGAAAAACAUUUCAUUCUUCUUAUACCUCCAAGUGAAGCUUGCUAGCUCUGUGUAUCCAUGUUUGUUUGUUGGAAUCUUUUGAACAAGAAGGUCUCUGAGGUUUAAAGUUUCUCAGCAUGUGAGCUGUUGAAAAUGACUUGAAAAAGAUGCUUCAGGUUUAAUGAACGUUUGAACCACAUUUGGCAAAAAUAUUUUGAAUGUGAACUUUUUUGUUUUGUAUUUUUAAUUUCACGCUUUGUCGGUUGUUGUUACAGAAUCUCUUAGACGUAAAUUACAAAGCCAGUUGCUUACAAGCACAACAGGACAAUAGUUCUACUCUAGUCCUCAACUAUACCAUAGCAUUAGCCUGGAGCUGCACAAACUAGAGUUAGCUGCGGGAGCAUGUUAGUCAUGAAAAAGCUUGAAGACGCAGAUGUGUUUCCUACAGUAUGUGACCAAACAACCAAGGAGGCAGGACUUUGGAGGAAUGUCCAUGAACUUGUACUGUGGAGGAAACCAUUCCUGUUGCUGGAGGACAGCAAAAUGGUGUGUCAAGUUAGACUAGUGGUUACCUCUAGCAAAGGAAGCAGGACCAGAAAUCACACAAAAGCAGGAAGUUCAGAUGUCGUUUAGUUUGUAGCAGGUAUUGCCUAAACGCCCUGCAGCCUUUUCUCUGUUAAUACGCUUAAUUUAUUAAAAUAGUAACUUCUUUUGCAUUGAUGUCAUGUAAAAAUGUAACUGCAGAGUACGCUAAUUAAUAAAGUAAAAUGAUUAAAGGAAAUAUAUUAAUUUAAAAGAUGUCUAAACAUAUAUAUGUAUAUUUGGUUAUGUAAUGUGCCAUUGAGAAUUUAUUCUAA